UUUGCAGUGGCCAGCAAUUGCCAUGCGGUCCCUGAAACCUUCCUCGAGAAAUUGUCCGCGCGCCGUGGACUGAAGCAACCGCCCGCCCUAAUUUCCGCCCAAGUUACGAUUUCGCCUGGCCGAUUCCGCCGUUUUUAUCUGCUUGCGAUCUAUCGUUCGUCCGUACCCCGCCCGCGACCCUGCGCCGAGCUCAGCCCCGACCCGGGACCGUGCCCAAGAAGUCGGAAAUCCGCACGCCUGCGCCUGUGCCCGCCAGCACUGGAAAGCAAACUGAGGACAAGCAAAGGGCAGAGGACCGCAGAAGGCAGAACGACCAUGUCCGGAGCCGACUCGCCCGAGAUCCUAGCCGCGUACGACGCGGUGCGCUCCGACAAGGACGCCACCAACUGGCUGCUCAUCUCGUACGCGGCCCCGACCGGCAACCAGUUGGUGCUGACCAAGACGGGCACGGGCGGGCUGUCGGAGCUGGCGGCCGAGCUGGACGACUCGGACGUGCAGUACGCCUACGUGCGCGUCGAGUACGCCAACGACGCCGAGAGCAAGCGCGUCAAGUUUGCCUUUGUCGUCUGGAUCGGCCAGGGCACCAAGGUCAUGCGCAAGGCCCGCGCGGGGCUCGAGGCCGGCGCCGUCAAGAAGGUGCUGUCGCAUUACAGCGUGCAGGUGGACGCGAGCGAGAGGCGCGAUCUGGACGAGGCCGACAUCGUCGCCAGGUUACGCAAGGCCGGCGGCGCCGACUACAACGGCGGGCGGGGGUGACACAAGCGGCCGUUCAGAGGAAAACUGGGGAUGGGCUGGCGUCAUUUGUCUCGGCUUGCGGCAUAGCGCGGAUACAGCGGAAUAUAUUUCUUCUUGGGUUCUACUUGCUCUGCAUGGUGCAUCUCCCAAUUGGAUACCCGGCCCCGUUGUGCGCUAGAGCUCGGCUCGAACUCUGCCUGCGUCCCGUUUUGCGGUCCCUGCUGCUCCCGGCUCGAGAUGCCAGCCGCGGGGCAUAGAAUCACGGAGUUAAGAACGGAGCGGUCGGACCCCCAGCUUACUCAUUGCCCCCCAAGCAACAUCCCUCCAUCUCCAGCUUUUCACCUUCCUCAUCCACUCAGUUGCCUCUACC